AUGUCGACUGUUCUUCCACCACCUUCGAAACGCCAGAAGACGGCGGCUGCAGCGAAAGCACGAGAACCAAUCAACACCACCGAAGAAUCGAUACCCGAUGCGCAACAACGAAUCCAAUUCCUCGAUGCCGACACGGGCGCGCCUGCCAGCGAUCCUGUCUUCGUGCAAUUGUCUCAACUAUCGCCGAAAAAUCUUUCGCUCUUGUUGAAUACGUUGUUGGGCCAUACAAAGCCCGAUGAUCGUCUACCUUAUCGAUUCUAUAACCCCUAUGGCGACGGAAGUGGAGAAUUUUCGCAGGAGGAAGUGAUCAAGAAGUACUUGGAUGGAACGGCGACGACAGAAUUGGCUUUGAAUAUUCCAUUCCGUGCGGAGGCAGUCUUCAAAGUCAAGCCAGUAACGAGAUGCUCUGCCAGCAUUAGCGGACACGGCGAGUCAAUACUCAGCACAUCAUUCAACCCAGCGACUUCGUCGUGGCUAGCGACAGGAUCAGGGGACAAAACGGCGCGCAUAUGGGACUGUGAUACUGGGACGCCAAAAUAUACAUUGAAGGGCCACACGGGAUGGGUUUUAGUGGUGGCAUGGUCUCCAGACGAAGGCAUACUGGCUACGGGGAGCCACGACAACACUGUUAGGCUGUGGGACCCCAAAAAAGGCACGCCGCUAGGAGGGCCGCUGAAAGGUCACACGAAGCCAGUCCUGAGCAUAGCAUGGCAGCCUUAUCAUAGUCGGGAUCCUGGACGUCCGUUACUGGCAUCAGCUUCACAGGACUUCACCGUGCGGAUAUGGGACGCAGUCAGUGGCCACACCGACAUGGCGCUCACAGGGCACAAAGGGCAUGUGACAUGCGUGAAGUGGGGUGGUGCAGGCUGGAUAUACACCAGCUCGAGAGACAAAACUGUUAAGAUAUGGGAUGCAAACAAGGGGACGCUGGUGCACACGCUCAACGCACAUGCGCAUUGGGUGAACCACCUGGCCCUAUCGACAGACUUUGUGCUUCGGACAGGUUAUUUUGACCACAAGGGCCACAAGGAUGUGCCAAUUAGCGUGGAGGGCAAGCGAGAGAAGGCGAAAAAGCGAUACGAAGCUGCUCUCGUCGGUACAGGAUCGGAGCGGUUGGUGACAGUCAGCGACGAUAUGACUAUGUUUUUGUUUGAUCCCUCGCAGUCGACGAAGCCGAUUCAGCGUAUGCAUGGACACCAAAAAGCAAUCAAUCACGUCACGUUCUCGCCGGAUGGAGUCACGAUUGCCAGUGCUGGGUUUGACAACCAUGUCAAGCUGUGGGAUGCAAAGGACGGAAAGUUUAGGACCACACUCAGGGGCCACGUGGGGCCGGUGUUCCAGGUAGCCUUCUCAGCGGAUUCCAGGCUUCUGGUGAGCGGCAGUGCGGACACGACGCUAAAGGUGUGGAACGUAAGAGAAGGCAAGCUCGCCGAAAACUUGCCUGGUCACCUGGAUCGGGUGUUCGCACUGGACUGGAGUCCGGAUGGAGCCAGGGUUGGCAGCGGGGGAGAAGACAAGGUGGUGAGGAUAUGGCUGCAUUAG